AUGUCUUCGCGGCCGUUGCCGGCGCUCGCCCCGCGCGCCCCGGGCAGCGCCCCGGACGUGGCCGAGCGGGCCAUGUCGAGGGAGCACAGCGAGGCGGAAUGGAAGUCAAUGAGGGGCGUCAUCGAGCAGCUCUAUAUCCAUGAAAACCGCAAGCUCGUCGAGACCAUGGCGAUUCUCGAGAGCAGGUACGGCUUCGCUGCGACGGCGCAAAUGUACAAGAAGCGCCUGAAGAAGUGGGACAUUCGCAAGCGGACGUACAGAAAGACGCCCGACGGUUCCAGCGCCUCGACGCCGGCGCCAUCGGCGGCCACGUCGGACGGCAUCGACGCUGUCGCGGACACCCCUGCCGAGGAGGCGCCCCCGUCUCGUGCUGCCGUCGCCAGCGCCCAGCCGCUGGCCGUCGAACGCGUCCGCCGGCCCGCGGGGCCGUACGCCGGUCUCGAGCUGGUCCUCGACAGCGUCUUCGCGUGGAGCCUGAGCAAGCUGCAGGCGCACCGGAGCGGCUCGGAUCCCAUGUCCAGGUAUCUCGCGAACCCGAACCAGCCGCCGCUGCAGGACAGCCGGACCAUGUACCGCACCUUUGAGCUCGUCUUUGACCUCUGGUACUACGGCCGGGGCCAGCUUGCGGGUAUGGCCGCGCGUAAGGCGUUUUUCGCGCUCGAGUUUGUGCUCACCGAGGACCACCCGGACCUCGUGUGGCACAUCCUGGACACGGUCUACGACAUGGUCGACCGCGGGCACAUCCAGCUGCUCGGCAUGUUCCUCCCGCACGCCACGGCGCUCGCCACGAGGCAGCUGCCGGCGAACCACCCGCUGCUUCGGAUACUGGAGCAGCUGAUGAGGUGCGACUACCAGACGGAGGCCGGCAGGCAGCAGGUCUGCCACAUGCUGCGACAGGCGUGGCUCCGGAACACGGACAUCCUCACCGACCGCAUCGGAUCGCGGGCGCCGCAACACCUCUGGCUCUACGAACAGCUCAUAUGGGACGGCCGGACGCGGCUGCGCAGAGGGGACGAGCUGGCGCGGAGGCGGGAGGCCAUGCUGGGCGCGCUCGAAGGGCUCCGCGGCCGGCGCGAGCCAUCGCCAGCGGGGGAACAGGAGGAGCAGGAGGAAGACGAGGAGGGGGAGGAGGAGGCUAGGGACGACGACGACGACGACGGUUCGGAGGCACUCCGGAUCCGCGCGCUCAUGCUCGAGUACACGCAGAUGGACCUCGGCGACCGGCAGGCGGCGGAGCGACUCGCGGUAGACUUGCUGGAGCGGACGACGACAUCGGCGGAGGCGGGGGACACGCGGACCAAGGCGCGGUUCCACGCAUAUGCGCGCAAGAUGCUGGCGCGCCUGCAGCAGGAGCGGCAGGAAUGGGGGCGGGCCGAGGAGAACCUGCGGUGGGCGGUGACGAAGCGCGAGGCGGCGCACGGCGGCGAUUCGGACCUGCGCGUGAUCCGCGACCUGUGGGUGCUGGCGGCGCACUUUCAGCGGGCGGGCAUGCACGAGGCGGCGGAGCAGACGACGCAGGAUGCGCUCGCGCGGGCGGCCCGUUAUCUAGGUGCGGGCGGCGACGACGACGGCGAGGGGAGCGGAUGA